CUUUAUAAGAGUGCCUCACCUCUCCUGCACAGACACAAGAAGAGAGCGACAUUAAGAGGGCUGCAACUACAGACUGCACCAUGCGAUUCAACACACUGUUCUUCCUGCCGAUCCUAUCCUGCCUCUGCCUUGCACUGGCACAAAUAACCUAUGAUGACUGCUGUUUGAAAUAUGUGAAAAAAAUGAACCUGGGCACUCAAAAGCACGCAGUGGCGUACAGAUGGCAGGUGACAGAUGGAGGCUGCAACAUCCCUGCUGUAAUCUUCACAAUGAGGAGGGGGCGUGAUUUUUGCACAGACCCCAGAGAGAGAUGGGUCACAGACCUGAUAAAGAAGAUUGACGAAAAGGUCCUCAAAAAGGACCAAAAGAAACCCAGGAAGCACCGACGGCCAAGCAGAGGCUGAGGGUGACUGCCUGCUACAAUGGCCCCCAUUCAUCUGUCCUCCAUCUGCCAAAUCGUAUCAUUAAGCAACACACUUUUUUUACAGGGGUUUUAUGGCAUCUUACUGGAAGGCAACUGACGAGGCCGGCCAAGGAAAUCUUGUAGCAUCACUUUUGCUUUCACUCUGCACUAAGAUAAAGGUCAAAGCUUGGGUAGAACACAGCAGCACUUUGCUGUUGCAGGGUUGAACUGCUGAUGCUGACUGGCCACCAUGUAUAAACGCCUUCAAUAGCAUGGCUGCUUCAAUGAGAAUAUUUAUGACUGUUUUCUCACAUUUCAAAACAUGAGGUAUUCAAUAAGCUGUUUAAUUAAUGGUGAUGGAGUGUAAAUGUUAAUAAUAUGUAAGUAUUUCUCAUCUGAUGUGCCUGAAUGUCUAGCAAAUACUUGUUUAUAUGCAAAUGUAAAUUGUUGAAUGUGAGUCUGAAAUGUGUGUCCUAGAAAAGGUGCUCUUAUCUUAAUUUCUUCUGAAUAAGUGUCUGUCUUUUCAUACAUUUUGUGUAUAGGUUUUAUUACAGCGUAUGUGUUCCAAUAAAAGCAUUAUUACAAUAAA